AUGGACAACCGACAACUACCAUAUCUAGAAAGCUAUAGCGGGGCCAACUCGAACAUCCCCACUCUCGAAACCAAAUCCCCAUUCGCUACCUCCAGUGAACCAGAAGGCGACAGAGACACCCCAGAAGCUCAUCCCUGGUAUAACCCACGGGGCUGGACCCUGCGCAAGAAACUCAUUACCAGCGCAACAACCAUAGUAACCAUACUGGCUGCAAUCCUGAUCCCCGUCGAAAUAAUCCAAAACCGCUACCCAAACUACACCCCCUUGAACUACACCCUCGCAGACACCUACUCCGGCCCAACCUUCUUCGACCAAUUCACCUAUUUCACAGACGAAGACCCAACAAGCGGCUUCGUCGUCUAUGUCAACAAAUCAACCGCCGGGAACCUAAACCUCACAUAUGCAACCGAAUCCUCCGCCAUCCUGCGCGUCGACGCAUCAACUCCAAGCGCCCUCUCUGGCCGGAACUCCGUCCGCGUCGAGUCGAGAAAUACAUAUGAUUCGGGCCUCUUCGUCUUCGACAUCAUUCAUACACCCUUCGGCUGCGCAACAUGGCCCGCUUUGUGGUUAACAGAUGGCUAUAACUGGCCGAUGAAUGGCGAGAUCGAUGUUCUUGAAACCACCAAUAUUGGAAGCCAUGGCAAUGAAGUUUCCAUCCAUACUACCAAGGGGUGCAAGAUGGAUGUCAAGCGCAAACAGACCGGUCAGGCUAUCUUCAAGAAUUGCGAUAGUGCCACGGAUGGGAAUUCUGGCUGCGGCGUCAUCGGUGACGAGGAUACUUAUGGCGAGGCAAUGAAUAACCGCGGUGGAGGUGUUUAUGCUCUUGAACUCCGUGACGCUGGUAUUCGGGCUUGGUUCUUCCCGAGUGGAACUAUCCCUGCUGAUAUCACCGCGGGGAAUCCUGAUCCGAGUAGCUGGGGCAUUGCGCUGGCGGAUUUCCCGGGUACCAACUGUGACAUUGCGACGCAUUUCAAGAACCUGAGUAUCAUUGUUAAUAUUGAUCUCUGUGGUGAGCUUGCUGGUCAGAAACAGUAUUAUGAUACUUUGUAUCAUUGUCCAGGGACUUGUUCGAGUUUUGUUGCUAGCAAUCCGGAGAGUUUUGUUGAUGCUUACUGGGAGUUUAGGAGUUUCAAGGUUUAUCGUGCUUAUUGA